AUGUAUUUGAACAAAAAAGUGAUAUUGUUAAUUUUAUUAUUUGGAAUUAUUAUUAAAAAAUAUUAUUGUAAAGAACAAAUUUAUAUUCAUAAUACAGCUAAACCACAACGUUUUCAUGUAGCCGAAUUUAAUUUUGAUCAUGUUUCGGAUGUUUAUGCAAUUACAUUAUGGAUAUUAUUAGGUUCAUUAGCCAAAGUUGGUUUUCAUUUAUCACAUCGUUUAACAGAAAAAUUUCCUGAAAGUUGUUUGUUAAUUAUAUUAGGUUUAAUUGUUGGUGCAUUAUUAUAUGUUACUCAUUUGGCUGAACAAAAAGCUUAUGUAUUAAAUUCGGAUACAUUUUUUCUAUUUUUAUUACCACCCAUUAUAUUAGAAGCUGGAUAUUUUAUGCCAAAUCGUCCAUUUUUUGAUAAUUUAGGUACUAUAUUAUUGUUAGCUAUUGUUAAUACAUUAUUUAAUACAAUUUGUAUUGGUUUAACAUUAUGGGGUUUUUCAUUUACACCAUUAUUUGGUCGAACACAGUUUGAUAUGUUGUCAUGUUUUGUAUUUGCCGCUCUUAUUUCUGCUGUUGAUCCCGUUGCUGUUCUAGCAACAUUUACAGAAAUUCAUGUCAAUGAUAUGUUAUAUAUUGUUGUUUUUGGUGAAUCAUUGCUCAAUGAUGCAGUCUCUGUGGUAUUAUAUCGUAUGUUUGAUGCAUUUGCACGUAUUGGACAAGAAAAUUUAAUACCACUUGAUAUUGUACUUGGAUGUUUAUCAUUUUUUGUUGUUGCUCUUGGUGGUGUUCUCAUUGGUAUUAUAUUUGGAGUUGUGGCUUGUUUUACAACAAAAUUUACUGAACAUACACCUGUAUUAGAACCAUUAAUUAUUCUUGUUUAUGCUUAUUUAUCCUAUUUAACAUCUGAAAUGGUUUCUGUAUCUGGAAUAUUAGCAAUUACUUUUUGUGGCAUGGUAAUGAAACAAUAUGUAUCGUUUAAUAUAUCGAAAAAAUCGGAUGCUACUACAGAAUAUGUGUUAAAAAUGUUAUCAAGUAUAAUGGAGACGAUUAUUUUCAUGUUUAUGGGUUUAUCAACUGUGUCUGAUCAUCAUUCAUGGAAUACGGGAUUUGUUCUUAUUACAUUACUUGCUUGUCUUGUAUUUCGAGUUAUUGGUAUAGCAAUAUUUGCUAAUAUUGCAAAUUGUUGGCGUUUAUUAGAAUUAACUCGUAUUGAUAUGUUAAUAAUGAGUUAUGGUGGUUUACGUGGAGCCAUUGCAUUUGCAUUAGCCUUGAUUUUAGAUGAAAAUAAAAUACCACGAAAAAAAGAAUUUGUUACUGCUACAAUAGCUGUCGUCUUUUUUACUGUAUUUAUUCAAGGUAUCACAAUCGGUCCAUUAGUCAAAUUAUUAAAUGUUAGACGAAAACAAAUUGAAGAACCAACAAUGUCAGCUAAACUUACAAAUAGGAUGAUGGAUCAUGUGAUGACUUGUUUGGAAGAAAUUAGUGGCAGUGGUGGAAGUAAUUCAUUACGAGACAAAUGUCGAAAUCUCGAUCGAAAUUAUUUUAAACGUUGGUUAUUACGCGAAACACCACAAGAAAAAAUGGAUAUUAAAUUAUUACAAACAUUUAAAAAGAUAAAUAUGCAGUCUGCCAUGAAAUUACAUGAUACAUCAAAAGGUCUUGUCCCGCCCGUACAUCCAUCACCAUCAUCAGCUAGUUUAAAACCAGAAAGUACAUAUGCAAAUAUGUCACAAUUAUUUGCAGCGAAUUUACAACAUGAGCAAACUGUUCCUGAUCUAAUGCUUUUCGAAGCUCAACAAUCCGAGCAACAAUUGGAUGAUGCUAAAAUGCAUCAUUUUCUCGAUGCUAACAUGUUCAUAGCUCGUCCUAGAGCUCCCAUUCAUUUACGUAGUAAGGAUGAAAGUCGUCCACGUCUUGUAGUUCCUGCUGAUCGUUCUGAUCGUUUUGAUCGUCAAUUACAUCAUCGUAGCCAUCUGUAUAUGCCACCAAAAUUAGAAACAACAAAAGAACACAAACGUAGUAAAACAGGAAAAUUAGCGAAAAUAAUUACACCUCAACAAGCUAAUAAUGAUAAACGAAAAAGAAGUUUACCAACGCCUUCUCCAACAUUAUUAUCAAAAACUUCACAUCAGCAUCGUCAACAAACAAAAACGCCUCUUGAAACUCAACCACUUGCUCAAGGAAGAAGAAAUUCAUCGCCUUCUCCUCAACCAUCUCCCUUAAUGACACAAACACAACAGCAACCUGUCCAACAACAUUCCAGAAUAAGCGAAAUGAAACCACCACCAGUAAUUAAAAUUGACAAUGAAGAACAAAGUGGUUCAACUGCAGCUGAACGAAUGUUUCCUUGGCGAAGUAGUAUUGAUUCGACCGGUAUUCCCCUUCGUUUAGACGAUCACCCAAGUGAUCAACCAUUAAUCGCUUCAGCAUUUGGUUCUUACACAAGUCCUGAAUAUUUUAACUAUGCAACAACAACAAAACCGGAAGAUCAUACCCAAAAACCAAGUGUAAAAAAUUUAUUUGACGUUAAUGAACAAGAAGGAACAUCAGACGACGGUAAUAGUAGCCAUCAAUCGACAGAUGUUGAAAUAAGGACUUCUUCGCCAACGGCUCGUAAUGAAGCACAUGGUGAAAAAAGAACAACAACUCGUUUGUAA